AUGGGGUAUGUCCUAAUUGAUGAGGGAAUAGUUGAUGAAGUUGAUUAUGUCCUAAUUAAUGAGGGGAGAAACCCAUUGCUGAUAAGUAGUGAGGCUAGCAAGGAUGUUGCACGUUACACAGUUGCAGCUAAAGUAGCUGAGCUUCUCAUGCGUGGCCUCCUUAAGGAUAAUUCAGAAAUCGCAGGACAUGUUGUUGAAUUCAGGUUAGUUUUAAAGUUUUACUUCUUCAUGCUACAACUACAUAAAGUAAAUUGGUGUUUAACUAUCUUUAUUCUGGAAGAUGAUAUUCAUUUCAUCAUAUCUACAUUUUAUGAUCAAGUUGUUACAUUAUCAACUUACCAAUAUGGUUGUCGCGUUAUUCAGAGAGUCCUAGAGCACUGUAGCAACCCAAAAACUCAAACCAUAGUCAUAGAUGAAAUCUUGAAAUCUUUAUUUAAAGUUGACGGGGAGAGUGGAAGAGAAAAUACGAUGCUAAUAGUGGAAACUAUCAUUGCUGAAACAUCAGUGACAAUACCUGGAAUUAAGUAUGUGAUUGAUCCUGGAUGGGUAAAAGUGAGGAGUUACUCUCCUGAUAGUGGCAUUGAGUCUCUAACUGUUCUUACAACUUCAAAAGCUCAAGCUCUUCAAAGGAGUGGGCGUGCAGGGCGUGAAGGAGCUGGGAAAUGCUUCUGUCUUUAUCUAGAGAGCAGAUUUGAGGGACAUGAUGAUUCCACAAUGCCAGAGAUCAAAAGAGGCAACCUUUCUAAUGUUAUUUUGUAG